UUUGUUUGACUUGUACGUGGGAUUUUCACAUAUUCAAGGGUUAACUGUAGGCUGGGAUAUUUAAACACCUCCAACUGAGGUAAGCACACAACUUGUUUGUUCAGGUAAAUAAGGAAGGAAUUAGAUAUAAUGGGCAAAGGAAGCUUUUUCCUGAACACAUUGCAUUCCUAGUGUUCAGUUCAGCUGCAGGGCUAUCCCUGGUACAUAACUAGAGUUAGGUGCCUGUUAUCUGAAUGCAUUUCUUUACAUAUUCGGCCCCUGCCACUGAGCUGCUCUGAACAGUCUGGUGACCUGUAUGCAUUCCACAACCUGUGGCAGAUGCUUUUGGUGGUAUCUUCCACCCCAGGAAGUUUGAUGUGUCUUUAAGUACAUGGCCCUGUUGCAAAUAGUCAUUUGAUUCUGAUGCAAGAAGAAACAUCAACCUCAGCUGUUUGGUUGCCUUAACCAAGUCCCCACCCUCUUUUCUUUGAGUCCUCCAUGCCCAGUGGGGGCAUUUCAGAUUGACAAGAGCAUUUUCCUUACAACUUUACUGGAUCGAUGCUGCCACUGAUAGCUGCCACUUCUCUGCUAACCUAAAGGAUCUGGAGACAAACCUGUGCAGAGUGAUGGGCAGUGCUGACCAAGGUUUGACUGCUCUGCCGCGCAGCCGGGUCACCCUUCAAGAUCCUUUGCUGUAUUCUGGUCUCGAGAAACUGCCUGUUGCCCAAGACCCUGACAGCCAGAGCUGGAGGUCCCUUGACAGUCCUAGCCCUCCUGCCACACCCGAGCAAACCCUACCCACCUUCUGCUUGCAGUACUUUGAUAUGCUCUACCCAGACGACAGCAACUGGGUUCCAAAGGGUCUGGCCGAAAGCCAGCAGCCCAGCAGCCAAGGCGGCAGGGCAGAAGUACCUAAAGAACCUGAGCAGUGCCCUAUCAUUGACAGUCAAGGUUUGAGCCUUACACCUGAUAUGGACUACCAAGCCAGUCUUCACCUGGAAGAACACUCCCUGGAGCAAGUGCAGAGUAUGGUGGUGGGUGAAGUGCUCAAGGACAUUGAAACAGCUUGCAAGCUUCUCAAUAUCGCUGCAGACCCAGCAGAUUGGAGUCCAGGGAAUGUCCAGAAGUGGAUCUUGUGGACAGAACACCAAUACAGGCUCCCCCAGAUUGGGAAAUCAUUCCAGGAUCUGGGUGGGAAGGACCUGUGUGCCAUGUCUGAGGAGCAGUUCCGUCAGCGAUCCCCAGCAUGUGGGGAUGUCCUGCAUGCUCAUCUGGACAUCUGGAAGUCAGCUGCCUGGAUGAAGGAGAAAGCUGCCCCUGGAGAGAUGCAUUACUGUGGAAGUGAAGAGAACUGGACAGACAGUGAGGUGGACUCAUCCUGCUCUGGCCAACCCAUUCACCUGUGGCAGUUUCUGAAAGAGCUUCUUCUGAAACCCCAUAACUAUGGACGCUUCAUUCGCUGGCUUAAUAAGGAAAAAGGUAUAUUCAAGAUCGAAGAUUCCGCCCAGGUGGCUCGUUUAUGGGGAAUCCGGAAAAACCGGCCUGCUAUGAACUAUGACAAGCUGAGUCGCUCCAUCCGACAAUAUUAUAAGAAAGGGAUCAUCAGGAAACCAGACAUCUCCCAACGCCUGGUCUACCAGUUUGUACACCCUGUCUGAAGAACAAAUUCAGAAACACUGACUACAUUAUGAGCUGGAGGACUUCUGGAAGCGUGGUACCCCUUAACCUCUGCAAUAUAACAAUUUUAAAAUGCAGAUGAAGUCAGGGGUUGGACAAGAGGCAGGAACCCACUGGAUUUGUUUGCUGAACUUCCAAAUAAUCAAGAGACCCCUGUUUGUUACUUGAGAACAAGGAAACAAAUAAACUAUUAUUGUCAAAGUAAAACAGCAAAGAGAAGUAACUGCUGUGAAAUGUAUGAAGUAUGUAUGCUUCACUUGGAGGUUCACAGGUUUGCAUAUAGGAAAUUUUUCCUUUCUGUACAUUUAUCUAAACAUAUUCUCUAUACAUAUCCAGCUGCAUGCUUAUGGGAAGUCAAGAGGAGGAGGAAGGGUAACAGUAGAGAGAGACUCGAUUCUAACCAGCAGAUGUUGCUUCCUUUCCAGUGAAGUCAUUGGUAGAAUAUGGUAGACAUAAAAGCAAAGGGGGGUUUGUUGUUUUUUUUGCAACUUUGCUAAAUGCAAACUAGGGAGCAAAUCUCUCAAAGUCGCUCAUAAACGAGUCAGAUCUUGCAAUAAAUGCAUUUGGGAAGGACCUCAUAGCCUAAUCAUCAGUGCUGUAUUGUUCCAUAUUCUGUCAUGCUGCAGUGCAAACUUCUGAGUUGUCUGAAUGCCCCAAUACCCUCUGAUCUUCCUUUGCUGUCCGCUUAUGAAGCAGAAAGCAAAAAUUAUUAUGAGACAAGGAAAUUGCUGUGGCAGAGGACAGACAACAAUCUGAGUGAUUUGCUCAUGACCCCCCCCCCCCAUUUUUACUAAUGGCACAGCGGCUUGGGAUUUGAUAUUGGAGAUAUGGAGUUUUAUAUUGAUACAAACGAGGGGUAAUCUUCAGUAUAAGAGGUAUGAUGUAAGCAACGGUUUAGAAUCUGGCUGGCAAUACCAUAUAGGGUCUAUGAUUAAGAAGAGAGUAUGAGCCUAGCUCAAGGGAACUGCUCAGAAAGCCUACCCAAGUUUGGUAUUAAUGGACCAGCCACUUUCUCAUAUAGUCAAUGAAUAAGAAUGGUGACUGUUUGGGGUAUUGUUAGGAGAAGGACAGAGUCACCCAUUCUCAGUGUGUGAAUGAGCCUGGCUUGAGAGGAAAGACAAUAGGAUCAUGUACAGUCCUUUUCUGGCAGAGCUCAUGCUGACCCAAGACUAGAACACUCUGGCACCUGCAUGCUUACAGGGGCCAACUGGCUUAGCAUUUGGGUAAAUCUGAGAAAAGCAGUGCCACCACUAGGCUGUCAUGGUGCUGCUGGCAAUCAUAUAAGGUGGUGUGAUGCUGAUCCCUGGGGGAUGGCAACCAUCCCAAGAACGGACAAAGCCGUAGUGCCUUUGCUGUUGACUUUCUGAAAAUAUGAUGCUGGGUUUUUGUUGUUGUUGCGGUUCAGUAGCUAAUGCUGGGAAUUAGAGAGCACCUCCCAGUCUCACAGGGUGGCUUUCCAUGAAUCACUCUCUUGUCACUCAGAUGCUCUCAGUUCCCUGCCUGCAAAAUUGCCUGUGCCAAAUUAAGCCAACUGUGUGCACUUUCUAACUCGGAUGGAUGGACAACAGCAAGGCAAAGAAGGAUGUGCCAUGCACAUUAUUUACCUCACACUGCAAAUUGAGAGGAUGUGGGGGAAUAGUUGCAUGUGUGUGGUCCUUCUGUUCUUCUGUUUUACUUGCAGAUAUCCUGGCAAAAUCACCAGGCCUUGUUGAAAAAAAUCUGUCCGGGCAACCAAAGAAUAGAAGACUGACGUUCCUCUUAAUACCAUGGAACAAGCACAACAUUGAGACUUGUGUAAUAAAUAGCCAGAAUGGGUACAAGGGAAUCUGUUUACUGUACUGAAUAAUGCAUAGUAGCUUAAAUUACCUUUGUGUGUGUGCGUUCAGAAUAUUAGUGCAAAUUAUUACUUUGUGUAAACAGUCUUUGAAUCUGAAGUUAAGUGCCUUCUCAAGGUGCAAGACCAAUUCUUUGCCAAAUGUUAUCUGAAACUCCCUAACCAAAUUGUUGCAGUUGUCAUCCUCCUUUCUGGAGGCGCUCCUGUGCCUUUUAAGAGCUGCACAACAGACAGCAAUUAAAAAAGGUCAAGUUGCUCCCUUGCUAAUUCAUCUCAGAGUUAGCCCAGUCAUUUCAUUAACAGAAUUCUCUUCACAUGGGUUUGAGACACAGCAAACCCACCUUAAUUUUCCAUGGGCUUGGGUGAAGGGGACAAGUCUUCAUUUUAGCAGUAGCCUCCUAUAGUUGUCUCAGAGUUUGCUAUUCAGGUUUUCAGAACAGGACGAGUUAAUUCAAUUCACUAUGGAGCAGAGGUCAGUAUGAGUUGGCCCUGAAGGAUGCUGAGUGACUCUCUCACAACUGUCAGUCGCUGAGACACAAUAGUAGGUGAGUAAUGGGGCUUGUCAAAGAAUCAUUUUUGGGGAUGAGUGUAAGAGUCUGGGUUGCCCAUCCCUACUCCCUUGUCAGUGAAGCUCUCUGUAAAUUGUUUUGACCCUACUUUGCAAAAUCCAGGAUGCAGCUUUCCACUACUCCUAUGAUCUUUAAUGUGCAUUUUGUUCAACCUUUGACUAAUUUGUGUUCAAAAUGAUUUUCUUUUACAUUUGUUUUCUUGACAGCUCAUAGCUUAAAUGGAGGAUUUAGAGACAAAGGUCCUUAUGAAAUUACUAACCCAUAUAAAAAAUACAUACUUAAAAACCCAUUUCCAAUAGCUGUUAUGCAACUGCUUUUUCCUUGGUUUGCGGACAAAUUAAUAUGUGAUUAGCAGGUGGGAUCCUUUUAUAGAAAAAACACAAUCAAAUUUGCCCAUUUUGGGUAUUAUUCAACUAUGUUUGAUUCAGAGAAGUCCCACUGAAAUUAAUGGAUUGAACACAGCCAUAUUUAUUCAUUUCAAUGGGCCUAUUGCAUAUUAGUUGAAUGCCAUGCUUAAUUUCUUUAUAGUGGAGGUAUACAAUAUAGAUGCUGCUGCCGUUUGUAAAAUGGAAAUGUACAGAUUGGGAGAAUCAACCACAUCCUUGCAGUGCAUAAUGGGAAGACAGCAAGCAAGCAUCUGGCAAAUAAAAUAGCUGCAGGCAAUUAUGAUAAACGCUUAAAGAAAAUGGAACUGUGUGGCUAUUGUGUGGCAUAACAAAAAGCACCUUUUUUCCUCCCCACAUUGCAAUAAAUUAUGAUGCUUCGAGCAGAAGAGGUUGGUGGUGAUGAGAGAUUUAUAUUAGAGUGUGCAAGGCGGUUGUUGCUUCUUGAGGAUAUGCAUCGAUUCAUAUGCGAACUAUGGGUCCCAAGGACGUACAGUACCCGUUGAGAGUGUAAAUACCUGGCUGUAGCACAGUGCUGAGGAAAGACAUCACUAGGGAAUAGUUGCUUCCUGGAAAAUAAGUGCUCAAAAAAAAUAAUGUUAAAAACAA